AAAGUUAAUUAUUGUGUGCACCCCACGGCAAUUAAAUGUGCGUACGCUAUGUCGAAAAACAAAAUUAUACAUUCCAAAGCUGAUAGUGAUAUUAUAGAAAUAAAAUCAAAGUUCGAUGCGGAAUUUCGACGAUGGUCCAUGAAAAGAUCCGACCAAGUGGGCUUCGAGGCCUUCUUCAAGCAAGUGGCCCACCUGCACAAUUUGGGAAACCUCCAGUUUCUCCUCUCAUACAUCGAUCCGAGUGACAAUGACCUGCUACCCAUUAACAAUGAUGACAACUUUGGUAGAGCCCUCCAGACAUCUCGCCCCAAUCUGCGGCUCAUUGUCCAGAGAAAAGGCGACAGCCUCGAGGAGAUUACAGGAUAUGGGACAAUGAAGCCGCGCAAUAUAAUCAGCAGCAUUCUCGGGCAGACACCGGUUAAGGGCAAAGGGUUAGCCAUUUCCAAUCCCCACGACUUCCGGCAGGUCUCCGCAAUCAUUGACGUUGACAUUGUGCCCGAAACAUGCCGCCGGGUGCGCCUCCUCAAGCAUGGGAGUGACAAACCGUUGGGUUUCUACAUUCGCGACGGGACAUCCGUGCGUGUCACAGCGAAUGGGCUUGAGAAGCAACCGGGUAUCUUUAUAUCGCGCCUCGUGCCUGGCGGUUUAGCCGAGAGCACGGGUCUCCUCGCUGUUAAUGAUGAGGUGCUCGAGGUGAAUGGAAUCGAAGUGGCGGGAAAGACACUCGAUCAGGUGACGGACAUGAUGGUGGCCAACAGUUCCAAUCUCAUAAUCACAGUAAAGCCGGCGAAUCAGCGAACAAUAGCACCCCCGCGUCGUGGCUCAUUCUCCCGGAAUAGUCAAUUGUCGAGUGGGUCGCAGCAGUCGCACCACACAAAUAUCUCAGAUGAUAAUGAUCAGGAUGAUCAGGACGAUGUGGUGGAUCUCACGGGGGCCGAUGCAUGCAGGUCCGAUGGGAUACUUCAUCUCUGAAUGAGGCACACACACACACACCCCUGGCUGAUAGAGUCCCAUAAUUUGGCAUGUUUUUUUUUUUGUUGGGGGGUAGAUCAUCAUGAGAAUGGGGCUAACUUAAUGAAGAAGAAAAAAAAGAGAAAGAAACAAACAAAUAUCUUGUAGGGGAUAUUACUUAAUUUUUUUUCCUGACUCUAAAGUAUUUUUUUUCUCUUUUCUGAAAAUAUUGUACUUAGACCAUUCCAGUUUUUGGGAUCCUUUACUUCUCAUUUAUACAUAUAUUAUUAUAUUUUUUAAUUAUUAAUUAAUGCAUACCAACUAUUUUUUUUCUACUCACUAUGUAUUAAAAAAUAUAUCAUAUUUGCAUGUUGAGAUUGUUGUAAAAAAAACAUUGUUAAACUUAUCAACUUUUACCGACAACAAUCUGUACCUAUAUUAUUAAUUUAUUAAAAAAAAAAAAGAAGAAAGAAAAUACAAGAAAAAUUAUCUUUCCCCGUUCUGCCUUUUUCCGCGGGGAGAUGAGAAAAAAACUGCGAAGAUAUUUAGAUUGUGAAAAUUUAAAUGUAUGUAGGAUGGUAUUAUACUAUUUGUUAGUUGAGGGGAUAUUCUCUUGAAAAUAAUAUUAGAAAAAAAACAUUUUUCCUUUUUUUUAGUAAGAAAAUCAAAUUGUAAGAAAAAAUUUCACAAAAGCAAUUGUAAAUAAAUAUUAAGAAUAAAUUGUGCCUUUUGGACGAAGAUUUAAAAAAAAAAGAAAGCCAAUUGUUUAAGCGAGAAAACAAGAUUUUACAUUGUUGAUAGUGGUAUUCAAAAUUUAAAAGAAAUUUAAUGAAUUUGGCUAUUAAAAUUGGUAAAAAAAAAUAUUUAGAAAUAUUCACGGAGAAAGAUUGCAUGCAGAGUAUAUAGCGUUAUUGAGGGAACUCAUCCACAGAUUGUUCUUCUGUCGCAAAAUGAGUAUUUUGGGUACAAGAAUGCGUCAUGCAGAAAUGAAUUUAAUCAGCAAUCCGCCCAUAUUUUUUUAAAAAUAUAAAAAUAGUUGAAUGAAAAAUAAGAAAAUAGUAUUGAAAGUUGAAUGGAAAAGAAAAUUCUACAGGCUUCAGAAAAAUGCAAGAGUUAGAUUACUACAUAGAUAUCGAAAUAACUAACAAAACGUUAAAAAAAGACGAGGAACAAUAUUAAUUAAAAAGAAAUGUUAAAUAAAAAGAUAAAGGAGAAAAUCGAUUCUUUAUGUAGUAUGUAGGUGAUAUAUCAUUGAUUUAUUACUACACUGAUCAAUUAUAUUAUUAUACAUACCAAAUUUAUUCCCUAUGAUGAUAUACUUAAAGACAAAUUAAAUUGCAGCUAUUAAAUUGCUAUUUUAUUGAUUUUAUGUAUAAAAUAUAAUUUUAAAAAUCAAAA